GUCUCAGUGUGCCCAGCGAGGGGAGUUUAGCAGGCCAUAGGAGAUAGGAGAUUUGGCCAGCUACUGGAGCCCAUAGGAAAAAGGACGCUAUCAACACCCCAAUCUAUAGUUCAAUACAAUAUAGACUUUGUGCUGAAAAUCUUGUGAUUUGUGUGUAGUUAAUGAGUUAAUAUGGACAUUAUAACAAACUAGUUACAACUUUGGACAAGCCUACUAUGGGAAGAAUCUGUGAAAACAUUGGAUUAUACCAAGUUAUUUUUCCCUUGUAAUAACAUUUCACCAAAGUGACAAGAUUGAAGAAAAGAACACUAUGGUAUAACUAGUUUUUUGAUUGGUGUUUACAAGUUCAAAGUUCAAGGUCCCGAGGGGUCACUUCUCAAGGUCACUGCUCGAUGUUACGUAAGACACUACUCUGAGCCGAGGUCACGCCCGUGACGUCACAGAAAUUUUUCCUCACCUCGGAUCUCCCUCGGGGAUUUUUUAAUGUUCGACCUGACGGAAGAUCACCACCACCUCCACCACAUCCACCACCCACAGCAUCCACUGCACCACCCGCAGCACCCCAGCCAGCGCGUCCCCUCCCCCAUGAAGGAAGAGGCUCUAAGCGGUCAGCUGUCCAGCAUCCGAAACUGGAUGCAACCCACUGUUGUGGACCCGGGGUCGGUCAACAUGGGGUUGAGCCGCGCCCACUUUGAGAAGCAACCACCCAGCAACCUGAGAAAGAGCAACUUCUUCCACUUUGUGUUGGCGCUCUACGACCGUCAAGGUCAGCCCGUGGAGGUGGAGAGAACGACCUUCGUCGACUUUGUCGAGAAGGAGCAGGUAGGGGAGAAUGACGGCCAGAAGACAAACAAUGGAAUACAUUACAGGGUCCAGCUUCUCUAUGCUAAUGGCCUUCGUCAGGAACAAGAUAUGUACAUACGUCUUAUAGACUCUGUAACUAAACAGGCUAUUGUGUACGAAGGUCAAGACAAAAACCCAGAAAUGUGCCGAGUUCUACUCACACAUGAAAUCAUGUGCAGUCGGUGCUGUGAAAAAAAAAGCUGCGGCAACCGGAACGAAACGCCGUCAGAUCCGGUGAUCAUCGACAGAUUUUUUCUCAAAUUUUUCAUGAAAUGCAACCAGAACUGUCUGAAGAAUGCUGGCAAUCCCAGGGACAUGAGGCGGUUUCAGGUCGCCAUCUCCACGUCCACAGCCAUAGACGGCCCCUUGCUCGCUGUAUCUGACAACAUGUUUGUACACAACAACUCCAAACAUGGCCGCCGUGCUAGGCGCCUGGAUCCCACUGAAGGAGCCACCCCCUGCAUCAAGGCCAUCUGUCCGAGCGAGGGCUGGACUACAGGCGGGACAACGGUCAUCCUCAUCGGCGACAACUUCUUUGAUGGUCUGCAGGUUGUGUUUGGCACCAUGCUGGUGUGGAGUGAGUUAAUUACAUCCCACGCGAUUCGGGUUCAAACCCCACCCAGACAUAUUCCUGGAGUUGUGGAAGUAACUUUAUCUUAUAAAUCAAAACAGUUCUGUAAGGGGGCGCCAGGAAGAUUCGUGUAUACAGCAUUAACAGAACCUACCAUUGACUACGGGUUCCAGAGACUGAUGAAGCUCGUCCCCAGACACCCAGGGGACCCGGAGAGAUUACCCAAAGAAAUCAUCCUCAAGAGGGCAGCAGACUUAGCCGAGGCCUUGUACAGCAUGCCUAGAAACCCCAACCAGCUUUCCCUCCCCACCCCCCGGUCCCCGGCCAUGAACAACCCGGCCAUGUCAGGGUUUAACGCCUACCCCAGUCAGCUGGCUGUCAGUGUUGGUGACACUGGGGUCAACGGUCAGUGGGAUGAAGCGGGCUACAACAGAUCUCAAAGCUCAAGUGUUUCACCAAGAGGGUACGGGUCCAAUGGUUCCACCCCCCACAGCGUCAAUGGGGGCUACGGAGCAGCGCCAACUAUGAACGGUUACCAUAGUGGGCCGGGUCCACUUGGAAAUAUGGGUUUAGACCACUUCCUGCGAGACGAGGCUAGCCGGAUUGGUGCUGGUAUGGGUGGAAUAGUCGGCUCCCCAUUCUCCAGUGUAAAUCCUUUCGGCCUUCCAACUUGUGGCACCCAGUCGGCCUAUGGCGGCUCCAUAGUCUCCCCAGCCAAGUAAAUCUGGACUUUAGGGGAGAUCACGUGACUCUUUACUUACACGGGGCACGGGAGAAAUCGUUUGUUUCUAGAGGUCUCCAUGACAACGGCGUUGUCCUGCGGAGAUUGACGUGCGUGAGUUGGACACAGGAAAGUACAGAGCGACCCCAGGUCAACACAACACAGCGACCUUGACCGUGGGGGAAGUGGCUAACCUCGGAGAUUUGAAUUCCCAAUCGCCCAUCAGUAUUGAUUACAAACCAUUUGAAGCCUGGUCAUGUGAAGUCAACAAAAUAAAGGCAUAAAAAAUACAGGCUUUCAAGAACACACAAACACCCUAAAAAUACUGACAUCUAGUCAAUAUACUGACAUCUAGUCAAAAUACUGACAUCUAGUCAAUAUGCAGCCCUGGGUGUAUGACAAUAUCUUCUCAUCAAUAAUUUCAAUGACAAAACCUUAUUUUGUGUUGUUUUUUUUUAUCAUUGAAAACAUGCCUCUGUUGAGAAAUAUUUGCGUUAUUCGUUUCUGUUUGAUGCUGGUAUACUACAUGAACUGAAGAAAACAAAUAUCCUACAUUAUACUGGAGGAUCUUACCUGCGGCUUUACUACUUAAAUUCUACAUGUCGACGUCUUCAAAAUGUCGACUUCGUUCAUGUGUCGUUUUGCUUUCAAGAACUUGACUUCAUCUAUAUUUCGACUAGAUAGUCUAGCCUCUGGGUAUUGACUCCUAGAUGUCGAGAUUUAGAAAUAUCAACCCAAAGAUUGACAUCCUUUGUUGCUGUCGUGAAAUGUGUGGUGUUGUUUCUGUGUUUCUGUGCAUUGGAGUCUUCAUUCUUCACAAGCGAAUACUCCGUAACAGGAAAGUGACAUUGUUAUUGGAUGUACUGGAGUGUAUUAUUGUGUCGGAUAAUGCAGCUAUAAAACAGAAGGAGCUGGAAGUAUUUUAAAAAAUCAAUCUUGAUGAGUUUCACAACGCUGUUUUAUUUUAUUGGCCUCUAAAACAUGCCAACAUUUUUAAUAUGUGUACAAUCUAUAGCGAAACCUGGUGCAUAAGUUUUGAUUGUAUUUUUUACUAACGGUUAAGGCUUGACUGCAUUGCAUUAUCUAUUUGUUUAAAACCUUAUUAGUUUGUGAAUAGCGCUUCAGAUUAUUAGCUUUAUCUCAAGAUGGGUUAGCUUAGAAGUGCAAACAACUGGUUUUAUAUGAAGAUGUGCUAGUUUAGAAAGUGCAGGCAAUUGGUUUUAUAUGAGGAUGGGCUAGUUUGGAGAGUUCAGAAAAAAUGGCUUUAUCGCGAAGACAUACAAGCUUAGAAAGUUAGUUUACAUACAUACAUUGGUUAAAGGUAAUAUUUAAGAGCGUCGAAGCUGGUCAUAGAUACCCUAGAACUAUGACAUGAAUGUAACUUUCUAGCUUAAUCCUAACAAAUGUCUAACCUACUUUGAUUCUUCCCAUGCAUUGUUACUGCUGUUAAACAGUCGAAACACGGUUCUCCAAUACAAGGAAAGUAAAAUGUAAUUACAUUUUGUAUGUGUGUAUGUGUGCGGGCCUGUGCGCCUGUGCAGUUAAAACGUGAGUAGUGAAGCGAUCACAUGAUACCACUCGUUUAGUUUUAGCAUUGAUUUUCUCGUCUAGUCAGACUUAACAAGAAGCGAGUAUUAUUUUACAUUAUUUUUUUAAAAUAAAAUCGUACUAAUAUCUUUAUUAUAAUUAUAAUUAUUUCUAUUUGUACAUUAAAUUAAAUGUCGUACUCUAAUUAAAAAAUGAUAUUGUUUAUAAUCAUAAUGUAUAAUACUGUGCAUACAAACCAAACAUAAUGUAAACUAUAAUACUCAUAAGUUCAUGCAUAAAACGUGUGUAAUUAACAUUUUUUGAAGAUAUUCGAUGAUGCUGAUCAAUUAAAUGCAUAUGUAAAUAUUUAUGGAAACGUGACACGAGAUAUGACGUCACAUUGGGUUUUUUGUGUGACGUUUUCUGUGUCACGAGAGAGAGAGAGACAGAGAGGUAGAGAGAGAGAAAGCGAGUGAAAGAGAGAGAGGUAGAGAGACAAAGAGGUAAAGGUUUGGGGGUGUAUGGAAUAGAACGCAACUAAGUUGCAAGGGCUCAAAGCGUGAAUAAUGAUGUUGUGCUUUUUUUAAAUUACUCUGUAAAAAGAA